GUUGAAAGAUUCGGUAGGGAUUAUGCCAACUAUGAAGAAAUAUCGAUAGGGUUCAAAAAUCUAGAGCAGUUUAAUAAUGAUAGUAUAGAUGAAAAUAAAGAACAAACAAAUAAAGAAGAAAUAGAUAGUGAAUCAGACGAUGAUAUUCCGGAAUACGAACGAAUUAGACAGAAGCAAAUUCAAGAAAAUCAGAAAAUGCUACUUUCAUUGGGACUGAAAUGUGAUCUCGGAGAAGAAUCAGAUGAUAUAUCACAUCUUGAGAAGUUACUCAACAGCAAGCCACUACCCCCACCAACACCGACAGCGUUGAUCGUCAUACCACAUAUUCCCAACAGUGCUCUCAAUUCACAAACGAUCCCUUACUAUCGUGCAAUGAUCAAACGUUUGGCUCGUGAAGCAUAUGAUCGGUUACCUCCUUCCGGAUUUCUCGUGAUAGGCGGGCAGGAUGUUCGAACUUCAGACAACAAAUUAUGGCCUCUUGGUAUGCUUUUUAUGGAAGAUGUGAAUAACGCUGUUGGAGAAGAUAAAAUGCCUCUUAAGGAGCUUGUAAUCACUGUACCGGAUGGUUAUGCAAAAGAUAAGAAGAAGAUUUGUUCAUACGAAGAUUAUACAGAAGAACGAUGUAUCGUAGAUGAAGAAGAAAAUACGGUGCAAUUGCCCAUAGUUCAUGCAUGUUAUCUUAUAUUUAUGAAACUUAGAUGA